CCUGCUCUGUGCUGCUAUAGCCUACAUUUCCCACGCGGUCCGGGCUCCUGGCGGUGUGGGUGACAGAAUCACAGGUGGUAGAAAAUGGCUGGACAAAUAUCAGAGUCUGAUCAGAUCAAGCAGUUCAAGGAAUUUCUUGGAACAUACAAUAAACUUACAGAAAACUGCUUCCUGGAUUGCAUAAAGGAUUUCACUAGCAGAGAGGUUCAACCAGAAGAGAUGACCUGCUCAGACCACUGCCUACAGAAAUAUUUAAAAAUGACCCAGAGGAUCUCCAUGAGAUUUCAGGAGUACCACAUUCAGCAGAAUGAAGCUCUGGCAGCCAAAGCAGGACUGCUUGGCCAACCUCGUUAGGCAUGAGCACUGUGCUCAGACUUUACCAACAGUGCCAGUGGUCACUGGGCAAGAACACAGUUUGGAUUUUCUGCUGUCAGAAUAUAUGUCUGGCAACUCAGAAGGGAGUUCUGGAUGAAGGGUUAAGCAAGAAGUUAGUCAUGGUGGACUGGCAAUGGAGUCUGUUCCUGAGGUCCUUUUCACUCUGCAGUGAAGUAAAAUUGAUACAAACUUUUCCAGGGCCCACCAACUGGUAUGUUUAAAUUUCAAGGGAGGGUGGAAGGAUUUUAUUUCCUUUCUGCUAGGAGUGCUUCAGAUAAAAAAAAAAAUUAAAAAGCAUA